AUGACGACGUUAUUAUGUUCCUCCUCUUCUGCAGUUCUGAUCAUCAAAACCCUAGGGUUGCUGCACCGCUGCCCUGCUGCCCUGCUGCACCGCUGCCCUGCUGCCCUGCUGCACCGCUGCCCUGCUUCCCUGCUGCACCGCUGCCCUGCUGCCCUGCUGCCCUGCUGCCCUGCUGCCCUGCUGCACCGCUGCCCUGCUGCCCUGCUGCACCGCUGCCCUGCUGCACCGCUGCACCGCUGCACCGCUGCCCUGCUGCACCGCUGCCCUGCUGCCCUGCUGCCCCGCUGCCCUGCUGCCCUGCUGCCCUGCUGCCCUGUCCUAGACUCACUAUUAACCCAGAACCCUAGCCCUGCUGCCCUGCUGCACCGCUGCCCUGCUGCCCUGCUGCACCGCUGCCCUGCUGCCCUGCUGCCCUGCUGCCCUGCUGCCCUGUCCCAGACUUACUAUUAA